AUGUUCACGUCCAAGUCCAACUCGGUGUCGCCAUCGCCGUCCCUGGAGCAGACGGACUCGGACGCGCUGGACAUCAGCACCAAAGUGCAGCUCUACGGGGUGCUGUGGAAACGGCCCUUUGGGAGGCCAUCGGCCAAGUGGUCCCGGCGGUUUUUCAUCAUCAAAGAGAGCUUUCUGCUUUACUACUCUGAGAGUGAAAGAAAAAGCUUCGAAUCCAAUAAAUACUUCAAUAUACAUCCCAAGGGUGUCAUCCCUCUGGGAGGCUGCCUGGUAGAGGCCAAGGAAGAGCCCAGCAUGCCUUACGCCAUGAAGAUCUCACACCAGGACUUCCAUGGGAACAUCUUGCUGGCUGCUGAGUCAGAGUUUGAGCAGACGCAGUGGCUGGAGAUGCUGCAGGAGUCUGGGAAGGUGACCUGGAAGAAUGCCCAGCUGGGAGAAGCCAUGAUCAAAAGCCUGGAGGCCCAAGGACUUCAGUUGGCCAAGGAAAAGCAGGAGUAUUUAGACAAACUGAUGGAAGAGACGGAAGAACUCUGCCUUCAGAGGGAGCAGAGAGAGGAGCUUGAGCGCCUGAACCAGGUGCUGGAGGCUGAGAAGCAGCAGUUUGAGGAGGUGGUGCAGGAACUGAGAGUGGAGCAAGAACAGAUCAAGAGGGAGCUAGAGCUUACCGCCAGAUGCCUAAAAGGUGUUGAACAAGAGAAAAAGGAACUGAGGCACCUCACCGAGUCCUUGCAGCAGACACUGGAGGAACUCUCCAUAGAGAAGAAGAAAACCCUAGAAAUGCUGGAAGAGGGUAAGAACCAGCCGCAGUCUAUAGUCAGUCAGUGUGAGCAGCCACCUGCUGAUGGGGGUCUCCAUAGCAACCUAAGGCAGAUUGAGGAGCGGAUGCAACAGCUCUUGGCAGAGAAGCUCCUGGCCGAGAAGCGGAUGAAGGAGAAUGAGGAGCGCUCGCGGGCCCUGGAGGAGGAGCGGGAGUUCUACUCCAGUCAGUCCCAGGCGCUUCAGAACUCGCUGCAGGAGCUGACAGCAGAGAAGCAGCAGGCCGAGCGGGAGCUCAAGGCUGAGGUGAAGGUCCGCAUGGACCUGGAGAGGCGUCUGCGGGAGGCAGAGGGGGCCUUGCGGAGCCUGGAACAAGGGCUCAACUCCAAGGUGCGGAACAAGGAGAAGGAGGAAAGGAUGCGGGCGGAUGUGAGCCAUCUGAAAAGGUUUUUUGAGGAGUGCAUCCGGAAUGCAGAGCUGGAGGCCAAGAUGCCGGUCAUCAUGAAGAACUCCGUCUACAUCCACAAGGCAGCCACCCGCCGCAUUAAGAGCUGCCGCUUCCACCGGCGCCGGUCCAGCAUCUCCUGGAACGACAUGAAGCCAUCCCAGUCCUUUAUGACCUCCCAACUGGAAGCCAACAACAUAGAGGAGCUGAAAGAGGUAGCCAAGCGUCUGAGCCGAGACCAGCGUUUCCGGGAGUCCAUCUACCACAUCAUGGCCAACCAACCUGGAGCCUCCUCUGCACUUCCCCGGGGUGGAAAGUGA